AUGGAGGCCGAAGAGAAUGACCUAAUCCAAGAGUUAAUGCUUUUAAAUACUGGAGAAACCCUAGGAUCUUGGGCUUGGGCUGUAACAACAACCAUGUCAUGGUCACCAUCUCGCCAUGUUGUGCUAACCAGCGAGACGCAUUAUUUAUUAAAGUGUUAUGGCCACGUUAUUUUUAGCAACCUACCACGUCGUGGCAUAAGUGAGAAGUCAAAAGUGUUGGGUCGGUGUAUUGGCGCUUUAUAUAACCUUCUUCAUUCUUCCCGCUGCUCUCCAAACACCUUUCAAGAAGAAGAAGAAGAAGCAGUAGAGGGUUUUAUUUUGAGGCACCAUCUUUCUUCUCUUUUUCUUCUAUCGAUACCACUGUUUCCUCCUUCUUUCAUUCUCCGACGUUCAACAGUCCUCUGCGUUCCCCUCUUCAUCUCUAAGUAUUUUCAAUUAGGCCAAGGUUCUUCAGCCCUCCCUUCAUCACUGGGUUCAUCGAGAUAUUGGAUUGUACCUUUAUGCUUUGAGAUGAAAGAAAAAAAAGUAGCCAGUGUUGCAUUUAGCUUGAAUCAAAAGGAAAUGAUGGGGUUAUAUAUGGGAAUUAUGUUUAGCAAAUUGGGACAUUAGGGAAGGAAAUGUCACAAGAUGUGGUCUUUGGUGGAUUGAAAUGUUAAAAUCAAGUGGUCAAUAUAAAGAGGAUGCUUGUGUUUACUUUCUUAUAUCUGAUGAGGACCCUUUUCAUCCACCAAAACCUGAUGAUAUUGCUACAUACAAAUAAAUUUAUGUAUUUUUCAAUCAGCAAGGCUUAUUGAUUCUCAGUUAGGUGUAAGAAUGCAGUGAAGUCAUCUGGUGGUCUUGAGAGAAAAGACUGUUUAAUGAUGCAUUACUUAAAGGUUUACCUCAAGGAUAAUGUGACAAUUCAUCCAACUCAAUAUGCCACAGAGAGGUUUGAAGUUGAUCAA